CUUUUUCUUUUUCUUCUCGAUACAUGACGGUUGACCGACAAAAAAAAUAUGCGAAAAAAAGAAAACACCUUGCCAACGUACCUUUGUCCUCCACUCUCGUCUUUCAAAAUUCCCCGCCACCGUCCCCUUUUUCCAUCGCCGAGCUUCGCUGAAUCAGCUUUUGCAUUCCCACUCACUGUCACAUUUUACAAAACUUGAACACAGGUUUAAAUAGUUGCAACUAUCAGUAUGAGUGACUUAUCAAGGGAGGAUUUUAGUAAUACACUUCGAAUACUUGUUGCUACGGAUUGCCAUCUGGGCUAUAUGGAGAAGGAUGAAAUACGGCGGCAUGAUUCUUUCCAGGCAUUUGAUGAGAUAUGCUCAAUAGCAGAACAAAAGAAUGUGGAUUUUGUGCUUCUUGGUGGUGAUUUGUUCCAUGAGAAUAAGCCCUCAAGGUCAACUCUAGUUAAGGCCAUUGAGAUUCUUCGCCGUCAUUGCAUGAGUGAUCAGCCAGUGCAGUUCCAAGUUGUUAGCGACCAGACUGUAAAUUUUGCAAAUACAUUUGGCCAUGUAAAUUAUGAAGAUCCUCACUUCAAUGUUGGCUUGCCAGUGUUUAGUAUUCAUGGAAAUCAUGAUGAUCCUGCUGGAGUG